CAAUAAAAUAAAAUAAAGAUUAUCAAAUAGACAUGUUACAGAUUGGCCUUUGGAAUUAUAUAUUGCAAUAUGCAAAAUAUUGAUUUAAAUAAACAUUCUAUUAAUAUCAUAGAAAAUAAUGUCCCCCAGAACAUUGCAGAAUGUGACAGAAUUGAUGCUGAAGUAGCAACUUUACAAAUAUCAGAAUUAAAUAAAGCUAUUGUAAAUUUAGAAGAUGCUAUACAAAUAAAAGAUAUGCAAUUAGAAAACACUUGUCGAGAAAAAGGAAGAUUAUUGGCAGAGCUAAAGAAGCAACAAAGAUGCAACAGACAUCUUAAACAACAGUUAGAUGAUGAGAGAUUUUUUUAUCAAAGAGAGAAAGAUCACUUCAUUGAAGAAAUACAGCGAUACAGGAUUAAAUGUACUGGUAACAUGUCAAAGUUUCAGCAACAACGACAUAAGGAAUUGGAGCAGACACAAGAUAUUUUAGAAAUGGAAAAUAAGCAACUCAAGGACGAAUUAACAAAUAAAAAUGAAGUUAUAUACAAUACAUGUAUAAAAUUUCUUCGUAUGAAACAUGCCAAAGAUACAUUAAGAUACAAAUUGGAUCAGCUGUUACACGAACAUCUGUUAGUAAUGGCAGAAAUGAUGGAAAAGUUAGAUGAGGCGAGAAAGGAACUUAAUUUAAUUGUAUCAGAAAAAUUUCAGGAACCAUUACCCCUUAAUAAAGCUAAAUUUUUACAAGUUGUACAAAAAAAUAAUAGAUUGAUGUAUGAAAAUGCAACAUUAAAAGUACAGAUUCAUCAACUUACACAGAACAUAGAGAAGUUAAAAAAUCAGAUGCAAAAACCAAAAAAGAUUAAUAUAGAUGCUAAAAUUAUUGAGAAAUUGUCAACACAAAGCGAUACAAGGUCAACUUUAAUCGACAAAACGGGAAAAAUCACUUUGUUCUCUAAAUUAUCUCAACCUGUCGAUUAUUUUAGAAACGCAAAGACUGAACGCGCUCAAAGUGCACCGGGAAUUGUGGAGACGUCCAUGAUAUCUCAGAAAUGAUAGC